AUGGAUGAAGCACGAAAGGAUUGGGGUUUGUCUAUAUAUUAUAAAAAGAAAGCACAUAAUCAAAUCCUUGAAACCCUCAACGGAGAGAUCCGUGGAUGGGGAGGUGGAAAGUGUGAUGCCCCAGGUUUGUGCCGAGACCUAGUUCACAAUCCUGAGAUUCCAUCCAACAUCACUUUGGAGCGAUCAAGAGUUGGUAUUGGACCUAGUUCAUGGCACUUGGAAAUGGAUCUGGGAUCCUAG